AUGGUCCUCCAGCAAGUCCCGACGUCGCAGAACACGCCCGCGUCCCUCCCGCCGUCCGUCUUCACCCUCCCCCACACCGCCCAGCUCGAGGCCCUCUACACCAUCAUCCGCGACAAGACCACCAGCCGCGGCGACUUCCUCUUCUACUCCGACCGCAUCAUCCGCCUCCUCGUCGAGGAGGGCCUCAACCACCUCCCGGUCGUGCCCAAGACCGUCGAGACCCCCACCGGCGCGACGUAUGAGGGCGUAGGCUUCGAGGGGCACAUAUGCGGCGUGUCGAUCCUGCGCGCGGGCGAGGCGAUGGAGGCGGGCCUGCGGGAGGUCUGCAGGAGCGUGCGCAUCGGCAAGAUUCUCAUCCAGAGGGACGAGGAGACGGCGCAGCCCAAGCUGUUCUAUUCCAAGCUCCCGCCGGAUAUCGCGCAUCGGUAUGUGCUGCUGCUCGACCCCAUGCUCGCUACGGGCGGGUCGGCAAUCAAAGCGGUGGAGGUGCUCAUGGAGGACGGCGUGCCGGAGGACCGCAUCAUCUUCAUCAACCUGAUCUCGUCGCCCGAGGGCCUCAAGACGUUCUGCACGAAGUUCCCGGCGCUGCGGGUGAUUACGGGCUGGAUCGAUCAGGGAUUGAACGAAAAGGCAUACAUCGUGCCCGGGCUGGGCGACUUUGGCGAGAGAAGGUAUUGCGAGUAA